AUGUCGAAUCAGAGCGGUGCAGGCGGUCAACCGCCCAAGAGCGGCUUUCAUCAAGCAGCCUCCUUUGUUGAACGUGCACUGAGCUUCCGAGCCAAUACCCAACGAACGCCUUCGUCGUCUUCCGUUCCCAGCGGCGAACAAUCUCUUCUGCCUCAUCACGACAGGCCCUCUACUCGACCAGCCAUCCCUGCGCCGCUGAAUGCGAACGAUAUGAAAGAGACAGAGGUAUCUUUCCCAAGGGUGCCCGAUGCUCAGAUUGAGAACCUGCUCCCAGGGUCGGAGCUCGAAGAUGCGAGGCGGUGCAUUCAAGCGGCGUUGCAGGAGAUGCAUCUCAACUACGAUCUCGAUCCAAAGCUGCUAGAUGAACGAAGCGAAGCAAAUCGGGGCAAUGCACUACUUGCUCUUCUGCUCUCACGUAUCGUUGUACAUCAGCCAAAUUCGUUGGACGAUGAUUAUGAGCACGGCGAAGGCCAUCUUUCGGGUGCGAUCAUUGAUCAGGACAAUCAAGUAAGAGAUGGAAACACCUCUGCAGCGGAUGGGGGGAAGCCAAAGUCGACGUUGAUGGCCCCGCCUAGAACCUACGAGACGCAUGACCUUCUCAAGGCCAUCGACAAGAAAGACGUCGAGACCAUCCUGGCCAUCCGAAACGCCAAUUUUGAUCUGCUUCUCGAUCUGUCUCACGGGGGCGGCCCAGCCGGCAAGAACUCGCCCGCAGCAUCGCAAGCUGGUGGCUCGACCAACACUCCUCUCGGUUACGCCAUCUCUUUGGGCAAGGGAUGGGAGAGCGUCUCCAUCGUGCUAGUCGGAGCGCUGUCCAAGUUUGUCAGUCAACUACCAGACGACGAGGACGAGUACGAGAAUGCGCCAUCCGCCGCAACUUCGAUCGGAGGUACAGUGGAUAAGGUCAAAAAGCCCAAGAAAUUGCAGUUGGAUCCACGAACCAUGGCGCGUCUACGCAAGAUUCGUGUCAACCUCAAACUCGCCAUCGACCACAGCAUCUUUCAAGACCAGACGUCGUUGCUGGCUUCGUAUCUGCAGGUGUUGGUCAUGUCGGAAGGCUCACCGUUCCUGCAUUCUGCGAUAGAGGAUGUGGGCCACUGUCUUGCGCAGAGGUAUUCAGCGGCCGGGAACUUGGACGGAGGGGCGGAUCCGGUGGCGAGGAGUAGGUCGCAGGUGAUGCAAUUCGUCACAGAUUCUUUGAGACACAAAAGCGACAAGGUGGCGGCGGUGAAAGAUUACGUUGCCAACGCUCAGUCUGAUUUGCUGCUCAUGUCGCUUUGGUCGUUGAUCAAGCUGACGAGAUCGCAGUUUGAAGCGGUGCAGCAAGGGUUGGGUGGCAGCGGCAAGGGUGGAGAUGAGGCAGAGUUGAGGGAUCUGUGCAAUCCGCUGCCGAGCUUCUUCUUUGCGAGAGAUGAUAGGGUGUCGAGUAACUUUGUGGCUAGGGUGGGGAGGUUGGAGCAUGCGAUCGGAGGCAUGAGCGGGGUGAGGGGCCCGCCGGCUGGGCUGGUGAAGUUGGCGACGAGGGUGGCGGAGGCUUUGCAGGAGGGCGCGAGGAGAAAGAAUUCGCAUGAGAGGUUGGAGAUCAUCGCGGCGUCGUUGGAAGGAAGCAAGCGGCAGUCGUGA